AUCCUCUUGCUCAUCGACAUUGCGCGCGCCCUAUUAUCUUUUCAUUCAGCGAAUGUAUAUUUAGCGCCUAUAUAUUUACAGCGACCUGUAAUAUUCGAGAUUUCGACGAGCAGCGACCCAAUAUCCCGUUCCCACGAUUCGGCCCACGAGCAGGCGACACCCGCUCUCUGUCCACGCCUGUGGGCAAACCAGGCAUGACCGACGUCUCGCGGUAUCUUCGAUUCGGCAGAUUCUCCGUCUCCGCGACCGGCGCCAUUUUCCUUACCUACUUCGUCCUCUACCUCCUUUCCUUCCGCUACUACCACGGCCUCAGCUAUCGCGAUCCAACAUCGUUCUUCUUCGACGCGGACCGCGCCUACGAACGACGAUAUUCUGCAAAGAGGGUUGAGGAGGCAAAUACAUUUAUCGCCAAUGCGGCCCACGUGAAGCCUCCAACGAGGGAACCCAGUGAGCAGCCUUCAUUAUGUGUGGGCAUAGUCUCGGUCCGUCGGAGGGGGGAUCAAUAUGUCGGGUUGACGGUAGGGUCGCUAUUGGAGGGUCUUAGCGAGUCCGAACGGCGCAAGAUGCUUCUAUACCUACGCAUCGGCAACACGGAUCCGACCGACCACCCGAUAUACUCUGAAAAAUGGGUAGAAACGCUCCCGGACCGCCUCUUGACCUAUUCGAAAGAUGAUCCCGACUUUGAGCAGCUACAACAAUGGGAGGAAGACGGCUGGUAUCGAAACAAGACUAUUUACGACUUUACGACACUGAUGAGCGAAUGUUAUAAGAGUGGUGCGGACUACGUUGCGAUGCUUGAAGAUGACACCCUAGCAGUCAAGGGCUGGUUCCCAUCUGCCAUGCGUGCUCUUAGCACAGUGCAACAGCGGACCGCUGGAAGAGAUUGGAUUUAUCUCCGUUUGUUCUAUAUCGACGGUCUUCUCGGGUGGAAUAGCGAAGAUUGGCCAAAAUACUUGGCUUGGUCUUUUAUUGUUUGGGCAGUUCUCACAGCCGGAAUGACUGCCUCCAAGCGCAAAUUCCAUCGCGAACUCAGAUCGAUCCCGAACAGCGCGAUCUGGAUGACAUCGUGUAUCUUCAUCCCCGCCGCGAUCGGCCUCCAUUUCAUGGCAGGUCGGCAAACGAUGUGGCCGCUGUCUCCCGGUGUCCACGAGAUGAACAAGUAUGGCUGCUGCUCGCAGGGACUCGUCUUCCCGCGCGCGAUUAUCCCGCGGUUCCUAGAGCAGACUGACCUCACGACUGACUGGUUGGUUGAUAUGAUGGUCGAGAAAAUCGCAGAUAGCCAGCGCUGGGCACGGUUCGCAGUGGUUCCGCCGUUACUCCAGCAUAUAGGGUCGACUAGCUCGAAGGGGUAUGGGUUUGACAAUUCGGCGAGCACGAUUUGGAAUUUUAGAUUUGAGGAGUAUCCUACAUGACUGCUAUAAUGACCAUAUAAUAUAUAUAUUGUGUUUUCAAGACACCUCGUCGACUAUCCAAUCGAUGGAGAGCCAGCACCGAGGUCAAUUACUCGUAGUUGAUGACCAGAGCAGAUGGCGAGAAGAUAGCCGGCCAUACUGCAG